AAGUGAACUACAUGUGGUCCAGCUUGAAUGAAUUUAUUAGGCACGUUUAAGGUUUGAAUUUGUAGGAUAGUGUGCAGUCAGCAACUAUUGGAAACCAAUUAAAGAAAAUAGAAAUAGCCACUCCUCCUUCACAGUAUUCAUCUCUUUCUUUUCCUUUUGUGUGCACUUUCAAAUUUUGCAAUGGCUAAAUCGGAGAAGCUCAAACACUUUGUUGUUGAUAACCCCUUCUCUCAUUCAUCACUUAAUGAAACAUUCAAACUCAUCUCCAUCUGGGUUUCAUCCUAUAUAUAUACAUAUAUCAUGCUCAUUCUCAUCAUCUUCAUUCUCAUUAUCCUCCGAAAAUUCUCAUCAUCCUUCGAAAAUGUCAUUGUCCACCACCGCCUCGCCCACCACCGCCUCUCUCACCACUGCCUCGCCCAACACCACCGCCGCCGACCCUAUCUUCCACCACGUCACGUUUCAACACCCUGAUCUGAACCAUCACAAGCCAAAAUGGCUUGUCCCUGUCAUCUUAACCGCUACGGCGGUAGUGGCCAUGUUAAUGGCCGUGCUCAUCUACUGGGCACUUAAGAGGAGAGCAGAACCGGCGGAAAAGCCGACGGAAGAGGUGCAGCUGGGCGGAGGAAGCUCCGACUCAGGAAGCUCCGGUGGAGGAAGAAGCUCCGGAGUCGGCUCCGGCUUCCUCUUCUUCGUCCGUGGAUGGGGUUGGUUUGACGGCACCUUUUAUGGAGGGCAGAUAAUCCCACUGUCACAAAAGUCAGAGAUUACAAAUUUGAACCGUUUAUGGCAUCCAUGGGAGAGAGAAACAGUUGAAUAUUUCACCUUAGGUGAUCUUUGGAAUUGUAAUGAUGAAUGGAGUGCUUAUGGAGCUGGAGUUCCAAUCACCUUAACUAGUGAAUUGAUAUUUCAUAGUGGAUUUUUUUGAAGCUCAUAUUGUCCAAAAACUCACUAAUUAAAUAUUUAUCUAUGAUUAAAUUUGGUA